AUGACAGGUUCUGACGAACAAAUGCGGGAGGCUGCCGAAAUGGACCGUCAGCACUUUAUCAAAACAUUGGCAGCCUUUAAAUUUUUCGGAGCCCACCUCCUCAAGAGAGUAGAACGUUCAAGAGCUUAUCACAAGUCAUUGUCUCUUUCCCAUCAUAAACUUAUACAAGAAUUCGAUGAUAAUCUCAAGAAAGUCGAAGAGUGUAUUAAGCAUAAUAACUAUUUGAUUGCUGUUAUUAUCCAACAUUCCGCACCGGAUAUUUUCAAUGGGGAACAUGUAGGCCUCGAAUUGAAUGCAGUGGGGACACCGGUUGCUCGUGCAAAUGGAAAGCUAGAUCAAAGCGCUUGUGCUGGGAGUAAAUUCGGUCCAUUCGCAUUUACCAACACUGACAUGGAUAAAGUCAGGUCAGCUUUAAAACAAUUUGUGAGAGACUGGUCAGCUGAAGGAAAAUCAGAACGUGAUACUUGCUAUCAAGUCGUAUUGAAUGAUGUUCUUGAGCUGUUCGAUCCGAAAAAGGUAAAUCCAGCAAAUGUGAAUAUCCUAGUACCUGGCGCUGGUCUUGGUCGAUUGGCUUGGGAACUUGCUCAUCUUGGAUACACAUGUCAGGGAAAUGAGUGGAGUCUAUUUAUGCUAAUUCCAGCAUAUUUUAUCCUAAACACAUGUAAAAAAGUCAAUGAAUAUAAAUUAUAUCCAUGGGUUUCUCAAUUCUGUAAUAAUAUGACUCGUGAAGAUCAACUGUCUGCCGUCCACUUCCCUGAUGUUUGUCCAGCUGAUUUACCACCCAAUGUACAAUUCUCUAUGGCAGCAGGUGAUUUCAUUGAGAUUUACACUGAACCAGAUGCAUGGGAUUGUAUAGCUACUGUCUUCUUCAUUGAUACAGCGCAUAAUAUUCUCGACUAUUUGAAUACAAUAUGGCGUAUACUUAAACCUGGUGGUUAUUGGAUCAAUUUUGGUCCAUUAUUAUACCAUUUCUCUGAUAUACCCGGUGAAGAAUCGUUAGAGCUAAGUUAUGCUGAACUUCGGCUGGCUAUUGAACGAUUAGGCUUUGAAGUUAUCCGAGAGAAAACCGGUAUCCAAUGCAGUUAUACUCAGAAUCCAGCUUCAAUGCUUUCCUACAAUUAUAGUUGUGUUUAUGGGAUCUUUCGAAAGCCAUCAACAGCAACAACAACACCGCCGCCACCACCACCAACAACAACGACUUCAACACCAAAACCUUUGCCCUCUUCAUGA